AUGAGGAUGACUGAGAGAGUUGUUGUUUCUGAGGAAGGAGCUUUCCGCCACAUCAACUACCAGAAGGAUGUCAAGUGUACGCCUGAUGGGUCAAGGACGAUUCUAGAAGUGUUUUUGAACAGAUGCAACUUGCUUGGAGAGCAUGCAAUGAUGGGGACGAUAGUUGGAUCUGAGGUUAUGUAUCUGACUGCAAAUGAGAUGAAAAGCAAAGCAGAAAACAUUUCGAGCUUUCUGAAUGGAAUAACAAAGCCUGGAGACAUGAUUGGGAUAUACUCACCGAAUAGAUACGAAUGGAUUGCGGCAGAGAUGGCAGGAUAUAUGUCUGGAUGUGUGAAUGUGCCAUUGUAUUCGACGUUUUCGCCUUCUGCGGUGCAAUUAGUUUUUGAGGAGACGGGCAUGAAGGUUAUUUUUGUAUCUGCAGAUAAGGCAAAGCUGCUGCUUGAGAAUGUGUUUUUGGUGUCUGGAGGGGAGCAGUUCCAUGUGAUUAUGAUGGACAAGGACGAGGAUGUAUGCGAGAAGUUGCGCAGAGCUGGAGUGAACACGAAUUAUUUUGAAGAUCUUGCAAAUGUAGAAGGAACAAGUAAUGUGGAGUUUUAUCCCAAAGGAGAGGAUCUUGCAACUGUGUGCUACACGAGUGGAACGUCUGGAAGGCCUAAGGGUGUGAUGCUAACGCACAGUAACUUUAUUACAUCGAUAGCAGCGUUUUACAGAGGAUCUACGAAGGAAGAGUUACCAUCGUUUGUGAAUGAUGAAGGGGUGUAUCUGUCGUACCUGCCGCUAGCGCAUGUGAUGGAGAGGCUGUGCAUGAAUAUUUCUAUAUCUGCAGGAUUAAAAGUGGGAUUUUAUCGAGGAGAUGCAAAGAUGCUCCAGAUGGACUUUCUGACGGUCAAGCCAGCAUUUAUUGCAUCUGUGCCUAGGGUUUUGAAUUUGUUUAAGGAUAGAAUUGAGACUGAAAUUAGGAAGAAGAAUUUUUUGGUUAGAGGAAUUUUUAAGCUUGCACUGAAGUACAAGAUUUGGAAGCAGCGGAAGGGAGUGAUGAGUAGCAAGUUUCUUGACUGGAUGAUAUUUGAUAAAGUGUCUAAGCAGUUUGGAGGAGAGAUCCGAUGGAUAUUGUGUGGAGCAGCACCAUUGAAACCUGAGGUGCUGUAUUUUAUUCAGGCUGUGUUUUCAUGCCGUGUUUUCCAGGGAUAUGGACAGACAGAGAAUAUUGGAGCAGGGCUGUUGCAGCCUAUUGAUUGCAAUGACUACGACAAUGUUGGAAUUCCGUAUCCAGCGAAUGAGAUUAAGCUUGAGAAGAUGUCGCCUGAGUUUCAGCAGGAGUGUGACCGAAGACAUCCAGGUAUGGAUGUUGGGGAGAUAAUGAUGAGGGGAGAUAAUAUCACAAGCGGUUAUUACAAGCGACCGAAUGACACGAAAGCGCUGUUUGGCAAGGACGGGUGGCUGCGCACAGGAGAUAUUGGAAUGUAUGAUCCAACGAUUGGAAUGUUCCAUAUUGUUGGCAGGAUUAAGGAUGGGUUUAAAACGUCGCAGGGUGAAUAUAUUGAUCCUGAGAAGCUUGAGAAUAUGUAUACGGAUGGAAAUGUUAUUAUGGAUGUGUGUAUACCAAGAAGGACUGAUAGUGACAAGAUAGUGGCGAUAGUGGUAUGUCCUGAUGAGCGUAGAAGUGAGGCUAGUAUUUUGGCUCAUGUGAAAGGGAUUGGGGAGAAGCUAUUUUGGGAGAAGGCCGUGACAAAGCUUGAGAUUCCACAUAAUGUAGUUGUUAUACGCAAAGGGUUUGAUAGUUUUGAACGACAGGAGUUCCUUACGCCUACGUCUAAGAAAAAGCGGCAUGAGAUUGAGAUGUAUUUUUCUCGGGAGAUUGAUGAGGCGUUUAUGACUAAAUGA